AGAAGCUUUUGCAAGGAGCUAUACCUCGAAGAUAUACAGACAGAUGAAGACAAACUGAACAGCAGCCUCUUAUCCUCAGAGUCUACUUUCAUGCCAGUUGCUUCUGGACUGUCUCCAGUGUCUCCCACUUCAGACCUGAAGCUUCACAGAAUCAAUUUGGGCCUAGAACAGGAUGAUGAUACAGUCAUUGAAUGCGUGAGAGAUGUUAACAGCGGAGAAACCGCUAACAAGCAAGAAGCUUCAUGUCUUACAAGAGAGCACUCCAACAGAGGGGUGGUGAGUGUGGAAACUCAAGAGAAUAACAAAGGGAGUAUGCCAUUGCCUUCUGAUGUGGUAACAGCCAGCCCAACUGCUUAUACCAGUGAUGGUUCAGCACCCUCUGAAGACCAAGUUCUGCGUAGUCACCCCAGCACCUCAGUAGGUGCUGAAUCGGGAGUUACAGCUCCUUGUUCUGAUCAUGUGGCUGGAGAAAGGUCCGAUUCGUUAGCUGUUGUUGACCAAGGUGCAGCUGAACUGCAGAGAAUGGCUAAAGCAGCUACCAAGCUUCAAGCCUGCUGGAGAGGAUUUUACACAAGGAACUACCAUCCCCAAGCCAAAGAAGUGCGAUACGAAAUUCGCCUGAACAGGAUGCAGCAGCACAUCAUUUGCUUAACUGAUGAAAUAGAAAAGCUAAGAAAAGAAAGAGAAGAAGAUAAGAUUCAGAGGCUUGUACAGGAGGAAGCUGUCAGAUUUCUUUGGAACCAGGUUAAAUCCCUUCAGCAGUGGCAGCUUUCAGUGACACAGAACUUGGGUGCCGCUUGGCAACCUGGGAUGCCUUCAGCCAGUAUUUUCUGCCCAUCUGAACCACCUGUUUCAUCAUCCACACUGGAGCAGGAACCCCCCCCAGAUGUUAGGUCUGCUUGGUUACUUCCAGCUAGCGAUGUUCCAGAGAGGUCUGUGUUGCAGUUCCCAGACUCUGGUUUCCAUUCCUCCGUGGCUGAUUGGAGUCAUGCCAGUGACUUGUGUAGCUCUGACAGGAGUUUAAUGGAAGGAACGGAGAGCUCGCUCUCAGUGGAAACUGUCAAACAGUGUGGCAAUUCCUUUUCAGCGUAUUCCUCAGAUGUAGAGGACAGCCGUGGAGAAUGUGAGCAAAGCAGAGAGAGCUCUGGUAAUGAGCAGGACAACAGACUAAUACAACAGUAUUUGAAAUCCGUGCAGCAACUGGAGGAGGACGAUGAGGGGAUGGAUUAUAAUGGUGAAACAGAGGGUAGCUGGCCACAAAUGGCUGUAUCAGCAGAAAGCCAUGAUUCUUCAUCUGACACCGUCUCUGGAGAUCUCCCUCAAGAUACAUCUUCCCCUGCUCGAGGUGAAAUCAGUCAGGCACCAGAGAGCUGCAAACUGAAUUCAGGAAUCGUAGAAGGGAAGCAAACAGACUGCGAUCCCUCAUUUCAGAUGCUGCAUGUUGGGAUAGCUGUUUAG